CCACGCUUUUGCCUGCUCCAGCCGGUGCUUCCCCAGCGAUACCUCCUCGGGUCCGGCCUUGAGCAGGUGCUCUCCAGCCAUGGCGCAGGCGCCAUUUCCCAUGGCCGAGCUCCCCCAACUAGCCGUCGUUCUCCCUGCUCCUCUGUCCCUAGUGCACGGCAGCGGCCAGGGCACCAUCUCCGAGUUGCCCUCCAUGGCUACUCCCUCUCCGUGGCAAGCGCGGCUUCCCCAAGCCUCGGUGCUCGGCGCUCUGGCCAUGGACGCCCAGGUCCUCGCCCCUGCUGCUGCUCUACGUGAGGUGGAAGAAGAACCGUGUGUGCCAAUGACGUGUGGGCCCAAGGCCAUGGGACCGAGAGGUGACGACCGUGCAAUUGAUGUGGUGCCACCCACAAGAUGCAGUCGGUGGACGACCCAAGGAAGGAUGGACAUAACCAGUGGAUGCUCGCCAAGCGAGUGCCACCCAACAAACACUAUUUAAGUGUUAAAUUAAAGGCAAGCCCCGGUUUUAUGCAUAACCAUUAUAUAUGCUAUUUUACUGCACUUAAUGUUUGUAGGUUUGUACUGUGCACUUAAGUGUAGGAGUUGACUGAAACCCUAGUUGCAUGAACUCAGGAUUCCUUUUUGAGAUGAAUACUAGUAUGCUAGGUCGAGUAGCUGCUUUACUAAUUAGGGAUCUCGGUAGAAGUCGAGUGAUUUUUCUAGCACUCGCGCGAGGUCAGGAAUUGAUUGUAUCCAUUUUUAUAUCAUAAUGAUGGUGGUCUGUAGACAACGAUCCAUGGGGAUGCGUUGUCUACGAGAUGAAAAUUGGAAUAAGGAUUAAGGUGUGGUACCGUGAGUCAAGCGUUUGAACGUACUAAACACAUACCGAGAAAUAUGGUAAAUCGGUAAGCCUAGUACCUGAGUGAACCUGCCCGCAGACAUAUCCCCUCACGCGACCUGAGACGAGGUCUCCCAUUCCGGUUAUGGUGGGUACAAGUGCGGUCACUGCACGACGGCCAGUCGGGGUCAGUGAGGCAUUGUACGCCAAGGCGGUGAGCCCUGAUCUGUUGCCAGGGAAUCAAUGGGGACGGUUGAUAUGUGUGGGGACGGAGUGCCCCUACAUGUCGUGUGUUUAGGUUUACCUUGCAAGGUUUAAAAACUCGAUUCGAAUCGUCUGCUUCUCGCAGCUAAUGAGACUGCUUGAUCCAUGCUGCUACAUUGAGUAAUAAGUGGAAAUGAGGUGACUGGCAAAAGAUGUUGUUUGAUUAAAAUGUUUGAUACCAUGUAUGAUUAGCUAGGUACACAUCUAGUUUAAAAGGAUCAUACUAAAACUUGAAAAGCUAAAACUUGUUUUUAGACUCAGCUAGUGCUUUUGGCAACCAAACCCCACAGCCAAACAGCUGCAUGUCUAGAGGUAGAGGAGUAGACUCCUCACACCGGGUAAGUCUAGCUGAGUAUUAGUAUACUCAGCCUUGCUUGUGGCAUAAUUUUUGCAGGUACUCCUUAGGAUGAUUGAUUGAUGGUGUGACUUGGCCUUCAUCCCUGCCACCGGGAUAGACAGUCAAGUGGGUUAUUGCUUCCGCAGGAGAGGACCAGGAGGAGUAGCGUGGCCAGGCUUCGCCAUGUUACUCGGUUUUCUCCGUUAGUUAUUUCCGCUGCAUUAAAAUUUAUGGUUAUUAUUUCUGAAACUCCGAUAAUGUAAUCACUAAUGAUACUUAUUAAAUUUGUGGUAUUGUGUUUUA